GCUCCGUUAGUUGAAUUUUGUGAAACAUUGUGAAAAUCAAGUAAAAAUGAUUUCAAUCUGUUUUGAAAAUGUGCUGUUUCUUUCCUUGUGUCUAUCGAUUGCUGAAGCUUCGUCAUUUUGGGGAACAUCUUCGAAGGUAGAUUGUAGUGUGACGCUAUGGUCUACCUGGAGUUCAGCUAACAGUGUCGGACAGCAGACGAGAAUAAGGCGAGUAAUGCGUUACCCCCAAAAUGGCGGAAAGGAAUGUCCGUCCCUUUCAGAAACCAGAGUAGAUUCAGCGGAUUGUACAGUUACACCUUGGUCAACAUGGAGCGCAAACUUUGGGUUUGGACAACAAUCACGAGUGAGAACCGUCAUAACACAACCUAUUGGAUCAGGGAAACAAUGCCCAACCCUUGAGGAAAUCCGAUACACUGGUAGAUAUCUAGGUGUUAAUGAAACGGGAAAAAAUUUCCAAGACUUCUUUGUGCGACCUAAUGGGCAACAUGUAACAAAGGGAAAACGAUCAACCCAAACUCCAAACUUACCAAGGGAUUUAGUGAUCAUUAUGGACAGUUCAGGAAGUAUUGGCAGGGUGGAUUUUGAAGUUGCAAAAGAGCAAACCGCCAAACUUAUUGCUCUGUUAUGUCCUAAUGCCCCGUUUAAUAAGAUUGCCGGGUCACCCUAUCAAUAUAACCAAGCCGCUAUGUUGACAUACUCAACGUAUGUGGUUGAAAACUUUGAUUUCAAUACAUAUAAUACCACAGCCAGCAUUCAGAAUGCCAUUAACAGUGUCAGAUAUGUAGGAAGGGGUACAAACACCAACAAAGCGUUUGAUCAAGCAAGGGGCCUUCUCCAGCCGAGUAAAGGUGUAAGGGAUUCAGCACGUGCUAAACGCGAGGUACUUAUUCUAACUGACGGAAGAUCUAACAGUCAAUCGUUAACUCUGGCUGCGGUUAAAAAACUUACAUUAGAGGCGGAUGUAUACGGUCUUAUGAUAGGAAGCUUCACAAUCGAAGGGAUCAAUGAACUCACACAAUACGUUUCAUCUCCAGCAUAUCAGCAUUUGUUUGCUCUUCCGAGUUUCAAAGAACUUAAAUAUCUAAUAGACUUCAUUAAAACCGGAAAGAUGAUGAACGGUGCAAAUUGGUGUGCACCAUUUAACCCGUAAAAUGUGGGACACAUUUUAGAUACAUAAAGCUAUAUGUAAUGAACACUUCAUACACAUUAUCAAACACAAGAUAUGACAUUUAUAACCUUUUGGUCAUUUUUGAAUUAUUUGUAGUAUUUAAUAUCUAUGUAAUUCAAAAUACUUGAAUAUUGUUCAUAAACAAAAUAAGAUGUUAUUUUGGUAGGUUUGGUGAUAAUUUAAAGUUUAUAAAGCUAUAUAUCUGCUGCAAAAAAUAUCAUUUUUAUUUAAAAUAUGAGAAUUUUUUUCUAAAAUGUUUGUUUUGAAUUAAAAUCGUUGUAAAUUAUCUUAAAAGGCAAAUGACGGAUGCACGAAAUCAUUUGCCAAAUAAAAUUGCUGGAUAAAACCCUAUUUAAAUAGCAAAACAAUUAUUUUGUUCCGCAACAUUGUAUUAUGUUUACGUGCAAUAUUCAUGUGUGUUAGAUAUAACAGGAAGAUAAUAUGUUACUCAACCUACAACAUAAUUUUACUGUUUUAAAUUUCUAUAAACCAUAUUUCAUAAGAAAUAGCUUUUUUACCCUUUAACGUAUGCCUCAAAGGUUUCAAAUAAAACUUAAUUAUUUCGUAAUUCUAUGUCUGUGCAUUCUGUAAUCAUUUUAAGCUAUCAUUUUUUUAUGCAAUCAUUUUAUUACUAUCCAGAGAAAUCAAUUAUAUUGCUUUAUAAAACUGAAAGCAACACAGCUGCUUAUUUUCAUGAAAUAAUGAUUUUUUUGGCUAAACAUUAUUAUUUUUAUUGAACACAUAAAAUCAUUGAAACUAGUAUGUCAACAGCGAUUAUAUUAAAUGUAUCUCAUAGAUUUAAAUAUAACUCUGACAUCAUUGGAACCCAGAUAUAUACUAAUAAAGGAGCAAAUAGGAAAGCGUUGUAUAAAUUGUAGGUAUUCUAAAUUGCUUAAAUUCGCUCAGCCAUCAAUGGGCAUCUUUUCAAUAUGUAUUUAAAAUAUUGAUUGAUACAAAAGAAAAGUUUUAUGUUGAUAUUUAAAAAAAAAUUCUUGGAAGAAAAUGUUUGAUUAUGACCAUGUAUGUGACUUUAUUAUUAUUUUUGGUUCAAUUAUCAGCUUUAAAUUAAAAAAAAAAUCCGGGUCUCCGUAUCUCACACACCACCCAUCUAUAAUUCUUUCGUGGUUCUUUGCCACGAAUAAUUCAAAUACUAUCAAAUAAUUAUGUAUGGUAUAUACAGAAAUUACAGAGCUUCCAAAACUAAUUUCUAAAUACAGUCAUAUGAAACUUUGUUUGUUAAUCUCGAGGCUUACAGCUUUGAUGGGAGAACAUUAAAUGCUGAACUUAAGGAACAGAGAAAUAAAAAAAGAAUUGCUACAAUGAAUCAUCACCAAGUCGAAUCAAUAUUUAGAUAUUUUAUAUGUACAGACUAAAUGCAACCGAGUCUGAAAUUUUAUUUAAUUUUGUUUUGAUUGAUGCUUCCGACCUCUUUAUCCACUUUGUUUUAACUUACAAAAUAAGCAGUAUAAUAGUCAUGAUUAUGAAGUUUCAAGAAUGAUAGUUUAGACGAUAUAUAUUUUGAAGCGCUUUAUUGAUCAUUCUGUAUCAGUAUCUUUAUUCCUUUCAGUAAAAUAUAAUAGCCUAUUGUUAAGAUUGUUCUAAUUUUUUCUUCCCUGUUAACUGUAGAACAUGAUUUGUUAUUGACAAAUAUGCAUUUGCAAUUUAUCUGUUUAAUUCAUAACCUGGAGAGAGAGAGAGAGAGAGAGAGAGAGAGAGAGAGAGAGAGAGAGGGAUUAUAAGACUAUUAUUAAUAAUAUCGUUAGAACAUUCCCUCUGCUAAAACGAAAUAAAUAUAUGUAAGGUUUAAAUGCACGAUGUUACCCGGAUUGUAUU